CUUCCGCUGCUCGUCGUCUCGUCUUCCAAUCCCUUCGCGUUGCUCGAGGCGACUGCAUUAAUGGAGGAAUGCGUGGGGACUGAGGACUAGACCUUGUGUUAUAAACUGCCUCUCCGUCGCCUUCCUCUGCCCUCAAGCCGAGAACGGAGAUGGCCUAGGGAGGGCUCCCUUCUGUAACUCUGUGCGCUCGUGCCCGGUCGAGUGGUUCCGUGCGAACUCACUGAACCACGGUGUGCCGUCGACGAGGCCCGGCGGCUAGAGCCGCGGCGCGAGCCACCUGUUCGACGGAAUGGCUGGCAGCAAGAAGGUGGCUGCGGCCGGCGGCAAGGACCGCUUCGAGGACCUCCCGGAGCAUGUGCUCGAGCUGCUGCUGUUGUUCCUGGACGCGCGAGAUGUCGUGAGGACGUCCGUGCUCGCUCGCCGCUGGCGCGACCUCUGGAAGUCGGUGCCGGUCCUGCGCUUCCGUCCUUCUUCCAAGUUCGGAUGUGCUGAGAACUUCAACAAUUUUGUGAAUAUGGUGCUCGAGUGCCGUGAUCAGACCUCACCUCUUCGUGAAUGCCAUGUCCAUUCAUAUCUGGAUGGUGAAGAAGACGAGACACACCGUGAUGUUGAAUCGUGGGUACAGUAUGCUGUCUCAUGCCAAGUGUCGGUGCUUCGAGUUCUGAUGUGGGGUGAUCAUCAUUGUAAUUUGGGGCUAUCCAACGACAGCGUCAUCUCCGAGCACUUGACAAAGCUAGAGCUUUAUGGUGUGGACUUUGAGGAAAGCCCUCUAGAUCUUUUGAGCUGUCAGGCACUAGAGGUUCUACAUAUAGAUGGUUGUUGUCUCAACCCUGGGGGUAUCUUACCCAAAUCUUUACGACAUCUGAAAAUCGUACAUUCAAUCCUUCUUUCCAUGCAUACGCCACGGAAUUGUCUUUCUGCUCCAGGUCUGGUCACGUUUGAACUACAGCACUGUGAAGAGUGGACUCCGAUUCUUGAGAGCAUGCCAUUAUUGGCAACAUCAUCUAUCAUUAUUGGCUUUGAAUGCAAAGAUAAUUGUGAUAAUUUUAAGUACCUUGGGAAUUGCGGUGUUGAGCCAUGUGAAGGAUGCUAUGUAGAAGAUGAUUGCUCUGUGCUUCUUGAAGGUCUGUCGGGCGCUACGAAUUUAACGCUGAUAAGCAAAUAUUCUAUGAAGUUUGACAUUGAAUCAAGUGAAAGCUACAACCCAUCAGAAUAUUUCUUGGUGUCGAAGCAUCUCAAGUCUGCAUGUGUUAGUGGAAUCAAAUACUGA